AUGAUCAUGAAGGCCACUGUUGUUUGUAACAUCCUGCUCUUCCUGCAUACUUCAAGUUUCAGCAUGUGCCCAUCUCCUUGUAUAUGCACUCAGUAUAGACAUGGUGGUCUGCAUGUGGACUGCAGCUCUCGCUUUUUGAAGAAUGUGUACAUGUCAUUGCCAGAAAACACAGUGAGCCUGUCAUUUCACAACAACAUGCUGACCAACAUCCGCCCUGGACAACUGGACAAACUUCACCACAUUCAGACCCUGAACCUGUCUCAGAAUCCCUGGAGUUGUGAUUGCAACAUUGCGUACCUCAAACAUUGGAUGGAGGACAAUCCUAAUGUGGUAGUGACUGGUGCCACCUGCCAGAGCCCACUUCACUGUCAGAGAAUGCCCAUCAUUCACCUUACUGGCAAUGAAUUUGCCAGUUGUGGAGGCAGGCAGCAUGUUGACUGUCAAGGAUUCUUCGCUAAUACUGUCAUCAUGUUGAGUCUGAUGCUGCUGGUCAUCAUCCUGGUGGCAUGGGCAGCUUCUGUUUCUAAAGGCUUGGCCUGGCAGGUGGCUACAAACCCUUACAUAUCUGAAGCUGAUCUUCCCAUGGGUUCUCGUGUCAGGCUGGCAUCUUCUUAA